UAAUUUAUUGAAAAAUAAAUAUAUAUCUAAAUGUCAUUUUUUAAUUGAUUUGAUUGAAAUGGCAAAAUAUUUUAUUAGUUAACCAUCAAAUACUUAUAAUAUAAGUUGAUNGAUUCGAAUCGUACUAAUCCAAGAUUAUAGAGACAUUAAAAUUAGAUGCUUUAAAGGAUGAAAUGAUUGAAUUAUUAAAAUAUGCUGAGUAGCCUCAAAAUUAAUUAUAAUAUGGAACAACUUAAGCUACAAUUACUAUUAUAAAUUUAAUAACUGGUGGAUCUAAAAGACAUAACUUUACUGCUGGGUUUUUUUGCUAAUGUAUUAAUUUCUGGUAAAUAAGGAUAAGGUUUAAAAAUAAGAAAUAAUUAGAUGCUAAUAUUGAAAAACUAAACUUUAUUAAGAAACAAUUAAUAUUUAAAUUUCGUUAAGAAAUACAUGCUUAAAGUAUUAAAAAUAAUAAAUUAUAUUCUUGAUACAAAAAUUCUGAAACCAUUUGAUUUAAUUUUUGUAUAAGAUAAUUGAAAUUGAGU